AUGCUGAGCGUGCGGGCCCUUUUUGGCAUCGGCUUCCUGGUGACCUCACGGGCGGCGACCGUUUUUGCCCAAACGGGGAAAUGCCCGCUCUCUCCUUCAGCUAACAACCACCACAAGAGCUUUUACGCUAGCAAACCUGCUUCCACCAUGGCCAAGAGUAUCAAGUACCUUGGACAGGAGGAAGCGCAGCGCAUUGAUGAAGAGCUUUUCACUGAGUACGGAUUCAGCGUGGAUCAGCUGAUGGAGCUUGCCGGGCUUAGUUGCGCUACCGCUAUUACACGGGCGUAUCCACUGAGCUGCUUGGUGAAGCCCAAACCUACAGUUCUGGUGAUUUGCGGACCUGGUAACAACGGAGGUGACGGUUUGGGUUACGAACCUUCUAUUCUGUACCCGAAAAGGCCCAACAAACCACUGUUUCAGGGUUUGACCACCCAGUGUGAGAAAAUGGAGAUACCGUUUCUUACAGAGAUGCCUGAGGCUGAAGUCAUUGACGAGGCCUUCAACGUAGUAGUCGACGCCAUCUUCGGCUUUAGUUUUAAGGGGGCUGUACGAGAGCCUUUUGGGUCCAUCAUCGAUGUCCUGAAGAAGACCACUGUCCCCAUCGCUAGCAUUGACAUACCCUCAGGUUGGGAUGUCGAGCAAGGGAGCAUUGACGGCUUGCAGCCCGACACGCUCAUCUCUCUCACCGCUCCCAAAAGCUCCGCCAACCUUUUCAAGGGACGCCACCACUUCCUAGGUGGCCGCUUCGUGCCACCCGCCCUGGAAAAGAAGUACCAUCUCAAUCUGCCUCGCUACCCCGACACGGACUGCGUGUUAAAAUUGUAA